AGGAGCAGUGGUAGAUAACUGAAUGACAAGCCACUACUAGUACCUGUUUUCAACUUCCAUCCCUGCCUUCCCCCCAAAACAAGAGAAGCAAGCGUAUGGCAGACUGUUCCGAUUAGACGAUAGAAGAACCAACCGGCUAGAAAAUUGCUUUCCCUCGAUGUUCUUUUGUUGCUUUACCUCUGGAACUAAAACUUUGUCGAGCAGCACAACUACGUUUCAUUCUUUUCGGAUUUCUGCUCAACAGAAAAUGUCGCUCCGUCGCGUCGUGUCCGACAAGAGCGGUGUGCUUUUUCUGGCUAUUUCCCUCCAUCCCGUGGCGAUCACGCCCUUCGUUUCCGCCCUUUCCUUCUCCACGGUGCGAAACAGGAACAGUGGGAAGAUCACGAGCAGAAAGAAGCUGAAACGAGGAAAAAUUGUGGCUCGUCAACAAAAACAGCUGCAGCAAGAUCAAGAACGGCGGGAAGUGGAGCACGAAGUAGAACUUCUACCUGAGCAGGACAACAUGAGCAAAGAGAUGCUGAUGGUGCAUUACUACAAUGACACGAACGACGGAGCAGCAGGAUCUGCAGCAGCAGCUCCGGGCGGAAUAGUACCAAUGACCUCAGCGGCGCUCCUGCAGGUGACGGCGAAGGAGGCGUUGAAACCUCCCAACUGGAACGCGUGGCCCCACUGUCCGCGGUGCCAAGCGUACAACUUUGUGCGUCUUGUUCAUCCGACCGACGGCACAGGUACUACUUGGUACGACAAUCACAUCGAGACUGCUGAUGUACAGGUAUGGCAGGACAGAUCCUGGAACCCUAAAGCCGGUGGCGCGGGAGCCACCGCCGCGUGUCCUAACUACAGUAACAAGAAUCCCAGCCCGUUCUCACACCACGCGUGCGCGCUGGAGCAGGCGGAGCAAGUAAAGGACCACUGCAAUCAAUCCGGCUGCUCGGGUUCCAUAUGCAUUGCAAAAAUGUCUGGGUCUGGAAGAUUGCAACUUGUGAUGCUGUCUCUGCAUUCUAAAAAAAGUCUGUAUUGCAUGACCAGCAAGAGGGGUCCAGUUUGUGCUACAUGGAGAGGGUAUGUCUCAUGCGGGAUAGGCAUCAGAAAGCCCGCUAAAAAUCUGUGAUGCCAGGUUAUGCAUUACAGACGUCAUAUGUCAUUGUAAAAUCUGCGUGACAAGUCUGACAGUUUACCGGGUACGCGGUUAAAAGUGCGCGAGUUUUUUUUUAUGAUUGUCUACUGCACUUCGUUGCUAUUCACUGCACUUUGCCACCGCUGCACUUCCUUCGUAAGUACCUGCCGCCUCGUAAAUGGAGCUAGAUCGCAAAUUCGUGCGCUCCUCAUUCUGAAAAACCCGAUCUUCCCUGCCUUCCCCUCGUGCCCACGUAGAUGUAGGUCUCUACCCUUUUACUUCCUCCGUGUCGUGUAGUUUUGUCUUGUUUCUUGACUCAUUCUUGUAGCGCUAGAUCGCGGAGCCCGCUUCCUCGCAGGGGCAGCUGUUUUUUUUCCGUCUUGCCAGCGGACCUGUGGAGGGGUUGGGGUUGCAGCUGCGGCUGCUUGCGUGUAGAUUUUUUGUGGGUCGAGUACGUUGUGGGCAAGGGCGUUUAUUUUGGCAUGUGGGCGUUCCUGAUAUUGCCGCUCGGGCUUAUCCGUAUCGCUAGACGUACCUCUAGCCUUUUAUUGGUCUUAAAAAAGUAAUCAGGCCCUCUUUGCGAUCUCCGGUGGAGAAAUAUAGCACGCAAUUCCUAAGUUAGUCCCUGGCCCGGUCUGCCAAUCCGGGUAAGAGAAGCAUCGUCGUGCUUCUCUACUAAAUCGCUUACUGGUGCCUGCCCGCUCGGGGAAUAAUUAUGUAGACGGUCACCGCUUGUGGUGGUCAGACAGAGGCGUUCGAGUCUAGUUAGUCCUUAGCUGCGCGCUACUCUUUCAGUUCGUGCGGGCUCGAGGUGCUGCGAUCACCGGCAGGAGCUGAACAACAGCGAACAUAAGGACGUUAGAUUUUUGAUUGCUCUACAUUACAAGACCAGCACUUGUGUCGGCCCGCCGAAGUUGCGCGCGCGGGUUCAGCAGUCUUCUUUCUCGCGAAAAAGGUGAGUCUCCUGACCCUUUCGGCCGUCACCACUCCGCCGGUAUUCGUGCUUGCGCGGUGCCUCACGAUGACGAUGACGGUUAAAAGUUUGCACCCUUAAUUUACAAAGGGACGCCCUGCCCUUAGUUUCCCAACAUGACAAGUCUGGCACUCUUCCAGACCCAGACAUUUUUACAUUUGAUAUUCCAUUCGGGGCGACGACCAAGUCACUGGGUGGGACGAAAACGCAGGUCCCGAGGGUUGGACGGCGCACACUGGCAAUACAUGGGACAAGAUCAAGACGAAGGUCGGCACGAGGAAUGUCCGUAAGGAGAAAGUUGUGGCUGUGCACUGCAGCACGAGACCCUGCCUUGUGCACGGCAAGGCCAACGGCCUUGAGGAGGGGGACAAGCAACUCUGCGUAGACAACGAGUGCUGCCUUUGGGGAGAUAUGUGCACUAGCCAUCUUUUUGGCGCGUGUAUUAACCGCGAGCGAUACUGUCGCGCUGGCCCAUACUUAUGAAACAGCUACAGCACCUAGUACAUCUCUACCAGAAGAAAAGAAUUUGCGUUGCUGGUGUUUUGUUGUCACUCAAUGCGCUGCACUGGACACCUGCCACGGUGCUCAACUUCUUGCUCCAAACGAAAUGAAAAAUGUAUAAAGCGCACGGCUGAGGUUAUUAAAGGCAAAAGCUUCAGAACAACGCGUCAACAUGCGGAACACAAAUCAAGCACGACUGCUUUCGUUUUGUGACCCUGCCGCAACAGGAAAAAAAACUCUAGCUAAAACAGUAGGGAUGUGCCUGAUCUGCUUUUCUGCGGGAUAUAGUCUAGACAAUGUCAACCAAUGUGGCGGCUCACCGUGCGGACAGGGAAAGAAUUAUCCCAGUCACCGAGUGACAGUCGAUAGCUUGGACCUCGAUACAUCCAUCAAAUAUCCAUAGAAAAGCGCUAGUGUUACAGCCACGCGCCGCGACCUGUUGCCGUUGUGACGCCAGGGAAAGAACAAACUUACUCUGCAUGAAGAUCACAGAGCAGAAAAUCACUUGCAGCGUAGAGACCAAAGAAGGGAAAUAAACACGCACGCAAAGAGGGUCGCGUAGUAAAAGUAAUAUUUUUUCCAGCAUGAUAUAACAACGUUGUCCGUCUUGCUUUUCGUUGUCGUGCUGCAUGUGUAGUUGUAACACUUUUAGGCUUGCAUAUCAACCGUGUGGAUUUCACCACUACCACGACCGCGCCGCCCACAACAAAACCUCCGACUACGACAUCAAAGGCUCCUGGUCCUGCCGGUACAACAACAUCAAAAGCUCCUUCCAACGUCGGAGACGGUGUAACCGACGCUCCCGAGGCAACGAGUGGUCCGGGUGGAACUACCGUGACUACCGCUCCAGCAACCGUGACGACUAUCUCUCCCCCGUCCGGUGCUACAACUACGAGUCCCACACCACUACGCAUUGCAAAAGUAUCGCACUGCUCGUAUAAAUGCAUUUACAAAUUUCCUCAGCAUGAAAAAUAAGAUUUGUAAUGUUGAUUUGCUUUGGGAACAAGAUUUGUAAUAUGCCAGACUUGCAUUUACUUACGAGUGCGAUACUUUUGUAGUGGAUAACCGCCCGCCAGCUGCAAGAACGCGACGGCCGCGAACACGACGGGGCUGCCGACACUCACCACCGACGAACUGAAAGCCAUUGUUGACUCGGCUGGAUUAUGCAUUGCAAAAGCAUCGUACUAGUAUAAGUUGCCUAUACAAAUUGUCGUAGCGUGACAGAUGGAAUUUGUAAUGCUGCCUUAGCUGAGCAAGCCCAUUUGUCAUGCAUAUCUGCAAUUAGUACGAGUAUGAUACUUUUGCAAUUCAUAUGGAUCCGGCGACGGCGACAUCACCAACGCGGUACUGCCCGAGCUAGUCAUAUGGUAGUGUCAGGAUCCAAAUCGACAAAGUUGAAAUAACUUGUAAUGCAUAAAAUGCAUGACGCGGAACAAGACGUGUGUUGCAGAGCAGGCAAGCGAGGCUUACUGUAUUACAAGCCUGUUAUUUGGGGUUAGACAAGCUCGAGCUGCUAAAGUAGCAUGAGAGAAUCAGUCCUUGUUUGCCUAAACAGCACGACAAACUGGAUUUAGGCACCGCCAGAAUUUGAUGUCAUGCGCCACUUAGAAACUGGGUUCCAACUGGCAUCCAUUUUAUGCAUGGCAAAUUAUUUCCACUUUGUCGAUUUCGAACCUGACAGAUCCAUAAGUCAACCGCUGUGUGGACCCGGAGACAGCCAAAGCUGCGGCCGCGAAGAUCGAGGUCGUGUUCAUAUGCAUUGCAAAAGUAUCGUACUCGUAGUUGUAAUUGCAGUGUAUGCAUGACAAAUCUCCUUUCUAAGGUAAAACUACAUGACAAAUGUAAUUUUUCAUGCUGAGUCAAUUUGUGAUGCAAUUCAUACUAGAGCUAGUGCGAUGCUUUUGCAAUGCAUAGCUCAUAGCAAAAGGCAACGUGGUGGAGGCCAUUGAAGAGGCCGUCGAGCUGGUGGAACAGGAGACCAUCGAAUCUGUGGAGUCACCACCAUCGACCGACUGCUGCAACUGUUGCUGCGCGAUCGUUACCGUGGUGGUGCUCCUGCUCCUCACGGGCGGCGGCCUGUUGGCUUAUUUUUUCCUCUUCACCGAGUCCGCAGAAAAGCAGGGCGCGAACAAGGGAUUGGAAGCGGAUUCCUAUGAGCCACGCUUCUCCUUCGACGUGGUCCAGCAGGCCUUCAUUGGUGCCGGUCUGUCGCCGGCGUACGCGAAAGUUUUGGCGCAGCAAAUCGCGAACACGGACUCUGUAUCCAGUGCAAAAGUAUCGUACUCGUAGUAAUUGCAAUUAUGCAUUACAAAUCUCCAGCCCAAGGUAAAACAGCAUGACAAAUUCCAUUUGACAAAUUCCAUUUGACAAAUUCCAUUUGUCAUGCUGAUGCAAUUUGUAAUGCAAUUACUACUGGUGCGAUGCUUUUGGUUUUGCAAUUCAUACUCUGUGGAAGACGACGAUGAGCUGUCGCGGCCGCAAACGGAACAUGAUGCGCAGAUCAUGAAGCGGCUCGGCCUGGAUUUCUUCGACACCGAACCUGAGCGGGUCGGGCGGCUGCGGUAUUUCCUGGAGGCGGUCGCGCGUGGCGAGCACGAGAAGCACAAGCAGGCCCGGCUUCUGUCCGGCGCGGCGGGCGCGAGUGAGUACCAAUACGGAGGUGGUUUUGGGGAGCCAGAGGAGGAGCACGUUUUGACGGAGGCGGAGGCACGACUCAAACUCGAGGCGGCCGGUUUGUCGACGCAAGCGGCCUUUUUCGUUGCGGCACGGCUGCACGCAAAGAUGCAGCAAGAAUAUGAUCCGCAGUAAAUUUAAUAUUCCCGUACAUGAUGAUCACGACAUACAGAUCAUGCGCUGUCUGCAUGACAAAAGUUUCUUUCAAUCCUGAUCAGCAUGACAAGUGGUGACAUGCUCACCAAAUUAGGAUUAGCGGAAUUAUUUGUCAUGCAUUUUGUACUACGUGCUUGUAGUUUACGGGAAAUCGAAAUUUGUAUUGCAUAGAGAACACCCGAAAGACACGAAAGCGGCGGCCAAGGAAGUGAUAGACGGCAUUACGCAGGACGGGGACUGGUUGGCUUUCGCCUCGCCAGACGACAUGGCGCAACUGAACACGCUUACAGACGGGAACGCCCAAUUCUACAACAAUUUCCAGAAGGCGAACACCAAGAAGAAGAAGACCUCGCGGCACUCUACUAUGGUUCUCGAUUUGCACGCUGUCUCGGUGACCGACCAGGACCCAGCGAACGCGUUGCAAUUUGGGCACACCGAAACGGCGGGCGUGGUUACGGGGUUCCAAGUAUCAAAUGUAAAAAUGUCUGGGUCUGGAAGAAUGCAACUUGUCAUGCUAAAUCUGAAAUAUGUAAAAAUCUGUGUUGCAUGAUUACCAAAAGUCGUCCAGUUUUGACCAAGUCGGGAGGGAGUUUCUCAUGCAGGAUAGGCAUGAGAGAGAUCGCGCAGAAUCUGUCAUGCUAGGUCCUGCAUUCCAGAUCUCAUGGGUCAUGGAAAAUCUACAUGACAAAUCGCGCAUUCUUCCAGACCCAGACAUUUUUGCAAUCCAUACCAAGCUCUGAUGCCCCCCAAAAAGCGGUACGACCUCAAGCUCCAUCGAGAAACACAAGCGAAGAAGUAUCCUGAGUACAAACGGUCCCACCUCAUAGUCAAGAUGGGAAAUCUGCUAGACAAAUCAACAAGCUUAAGUUGUUACGCAUGACAAGUUUGGCCCUGUGGUGGAAUCCUGUUUAGCGCGUUCAGAAGCAUCGCAAGUCUAAGCAUAUCGCGCUGAUUGGAGCACUACAAAUUCCAAAGCGCGACUAGGAAACUCUUCUCAUGCAUGGGGCUCCGCAUGAGAAACAUUUUGAGCAUGCGGAUUUGCAUGAAAACUAUGGGGCGGGAUGUUUUUACACAGGAUAAGGAAAAAUCCCGAAUUACCACCGGCACCACGGUCAGCGACACAACUUCCGGAACGACCAGCGAGGGUGUAGUUCCUGGAGACGAAGAUCACGCGCGAAAAAAGAAGAAGAAGAAGGUGAAUAAAGCCGGGGCCAACAUCAACAACAACAUCACCGACCCGGUGCAAGAGCUGGUCGAGCCUGUGCAGCGGACUAGUAAACUUCGGGCCAGCAGUCGGGUGAUUCAAGAGCACGGAGCAGCAGGUGCGCACCAUACUACGACUUCAAAUUCUGAAGGCAUAACUUCCACUUCGGACGCAUCUGCUAUUGAGAGGAAAAAUCCCCCCUCCCCAUAUUGAAAAGGCAUGUUUCCGAAAAUUUGUGUUGCUGAUUUGAGGUCACAAAUCGCAAUUGUUUUGCAAGAAGACAAGGGCAGAAGCUUCCGCCCCAUUAUGGAGGCGAUUUGUCAUGCUGUUGGGCGUAAAGGGGAGCCGCCUGCCAUGCUGAACAACUAGACGCAUACGCCCCUCCCUAGCUUGGGGAUCUGACCGCAAUGCUUUCCUGCAAUACAAAGCUGAUUUGCGUACCCAAAUCCAGCAUCAGAAAUUUCGUUUUGAUAUGGGGAGGGGGGAUUUUUCCUUGCAAUAUCUGCUUCCGACACGUCCGGUGGAGAGGAAGCGCACGGCAAGGGGCCUCAGAAAAAGAAGAAGAAGAAGGUCGUAUCAUUUGUAAAAACGUCCCCACACCAGAGUCAAGAUGGGGAAUCUGCUAGACAAAUCACCCAGCUUUGGUCGUUUGGCAUGACAAGUUUCUCCUCGUGCUGUAAUCCUGUUUAGGUAGUUCAGCAGCAUCACAGAUCCAGUAUAUCAUGCGGAUUGUAGUAUCACAAAUUCCAAAGCACGACUAGAAAAUGCCUCUCAUGGCGCUCCGCAUGACAAACUUUUUUGGCAUGCAGAUUUGCAUGACAACUCUGGUGUGGGGACGUUUUUCCUCAGGAUAGGUCGUGGCGGGUACAUCGACGAAGCAAGCGAAGCAGGGCGAAGCGGACGCAUCCAUGGAAGCGGCCGAGAAGGAGCUGCUGAGCGAAGCGAAGUAUGCAUUGCAAAUAUGUCUGGGCUAGCAGGAAGGUGGAAUUUGUGAUGUGUGUUGCAGAUCAUACAAAAAUCUGUGUCGCAUGACUUGCAAAAGGUGCCCACUUCUGGCCAGCCUGAGAGGGUAUUUGUUUCUCAUGCAGAAUAGGCAUCACUAAGAGGCUGCAGAACCACUUGUGAUGCUAGGCCCUGCAUUCCAGAUGUGGGGCAGCUUGGAAAAACUGCAUGACAAAUUUCGAAAUCUUCCAGACCGAGACAAAUUUGCACUUGAUACGAAGCGCGCACUCGCGGACGUCGGCUUUUCGAAGCAGCAGGCGACACUCUAUGCAAUACAAAUUUCCCGUACAUGUUGUACAAGAUGCAUCACAAAUUUCACCAAUUUGGAGUGUAGUAACACUUGGCAUGCUGAAUUAGGAUCAAAGCCCAAUUUUGUAAUUCAGAGACUGCAUUUGUACGUCGUGUACGGAAAAUUUGCUGUGGAUACACUCCUUGCGAACCGCAUUGCGGGCGUUCGCGCGGCGGAGCUGCGGUCGCAGAACAUGAAGCUCACCGACGAGGAAAAAGCCAUCGCCCAGCGGGGCCUCAACGGCGCGAAAAUUUUGGAUCUGAGUGACUUAGUGGACGAACUGGUGGCCCAGAAAGCCAGCUUCUUCGUGAAAACGCUCGCUCCCACCUCCACCAUGCAGUCUAUGCGGGUUAUCCCGAACAAAAACAUCCCCAUUCCACAGUUGUCAUGCAAAUCCGCAAGCCUAAAAUGUCUCUCAUGCGCAGCCCCAUGGCAGCCAUUUUCCAAUGCUACCGGGGAGUUUGUGAUGCUGGAAUCAGGAUAAGAUAGUCAAUUUGUCAUGCUGAUGCACUAGCUAAACAGGAUUACACUACGGGCCCAAACUUGUCAUGCUCGAAAGCCAAAACUUGGAGACUUGUAUUGCGCUUUUGCCAACUUGACCAUGGGGCGGGGACGUUUUUGCUCAGGAUACGGGUCAGCGCCCGCCCGGUAUCUAUGUUGGCGGAACGGUGCAUUAUGCAUUGCAAAAGUAUCGUACUAGUAGUAUGAAUUGCAUUACAAAUUUUCUCCGCAUGAGAAAUGGAAUUUGUAAUGCUGAUUGACCUUAGGAAAAAGAUUUGUAAAAAUGCAUAACUGCAAUUACUACGAGUGCGAUACUUAUUUUGCACAGGAUAUGCAUGACGGGGCAGCCAUUGUCGAUGCUGGCCAGUCGGAUGGAAGGUGGUGGUGACCAUGCUGGUGGACACAAAAAGCACAAAGUGAAAACCAAGCACUAA